UAUUGACUCACCUUGAAUUCUUUGCAGCAAUUAAUUCUUCGGCGAAAAGCUUGGCUCUUUUUACUAUUCUAUUCUCUUUCUCUUCCUUUUCACUGCUCAAUUGAUUGGUAUUACCCCAUUUGACUUCCCGACAAAGUCAAAAACACAACCACCAACCAUCGGCGAACACCAAAAAGGCCUAGAAGGGGAGAGUACGAAACAAUCGGUUUUCUUUGGCGUCGGAACGGCCCGUGCUACUUUCGAAUUUUCAUCAGAACAAAUGGCAGACACGCCAGACAAUGGGCAAGACUCGAAUUCAUUGAGGAGUGUUGGAGGGGGAUCCAUAGACCGGGCUAUGGCAGCGACAAGACUCACCGCCUCGUCCUCAUCCAACAUUUCCAAUUACGCCUCUAGCGUCUCAAGCGACAACCAGAGCCAGAGUCACGCCCACAGCCAGAAUCUGACAGGGAGUGGAAGCGGGAGUGGGGGUCUUCCUGGAACCCCCGUGAGCCGACGCUCAGGUGGAUGGGAUCGGCAAACUCUUUCCCCGGCCGCCGCUGCAAGGGUGCGACACGAUGAUUCUACCAAUGAAGACUAUGCUCCUCAUCAGUCAAGCAGUCUGCGGCCUAGCAGCGAACUGUUGGAAGACUCUUCCGAUUCUUCAGAUGAAUAUGUUUCGACUUAUAAACCAUUAAAGACUGCGUCACGCUCAAAACGUUUCUUUCAGUCUAUGGUCAACAAGUUAACUAAAUCUUCUGUUCGUUACGGGCACUUGCCAAACAACCAGAAAUGGGGGUGGAAUAUGGGCAUUACUUCGAAACAUCCCUACUGUUCUGUUCUUGGAGUCGAUAUUGAUCCCGUUCGCCCCCCGUACUCCAAGUCUAACUGCACUUUUAAAGUAAUGGACAUAACACAAGAUUGGAACUUUCCCGGCGGCGGCAACUUCGACUUCAUCCACAUCCGACAACUCGGUGACAUCAACGAUAAGCAAAAGUUAAUCCAAUCAGCUUUUGAAAAUUUGAGACCUGGAGGAUGGGUCGAGUUGACAGAAUGGAUCGCAACCCUACAGUCGCCCAACCAUUCACUAGAUGGCACAGCAUUUCGGAAAUGGAACAACCUACUAGAAGAAGGAUUGAAUAGUUUCGGUACUACUCUCAAGUACCCGGAAACGUUCAAGUCAUUGCUCCAGAAUGGGGGAUUUGAGCCUGUCAUUGAGACAAGAAACGGCGCGCCAACGAAUGCGUGUUAUCCAGGGAAGAAGCUUCAGCGUAUAGGCCAUUUGAUGACCCAGAACUGGCUCCUCAUCCUUGAACCGUUGACAAUGCCUGUUUUUACGCAAGGGCUGGGCUGGAGCACUGAACAAGUGCUGACGCUUCUGGCCGAAGUCCGAAAAGAGAUUGGCAACACAAAAUACCAUUCUUUUAUGACGCUAAUAACGGUUUGUGCCCAAAAGCCGUGGGAUGGUAUACCCAGAUCAUCAAGUUCAAACUCUGCCACGGCUUCUAGAUCCGAAUCCUCCCUUGUGCAAACUAGUCGGUCCGGUACACCGCUUCCAUAUUUAGGAGAUAAACCACUUUGA